AUGAAGUCAAAUCUAUUUCUUGGAAGCAUCUCUGCUUCCCUUUUGGCACUCACCCAAGCAGCUCUGCCUAUUGUCGACCUUGGAUAUAAUGUUCACCAGGCCACCUUGAACUCAUCGGGUUCUGGGUACUUUAAUUUCUCAAACAUCCGCUACGCAGAACCUCCCGUCGGUCCUUUGCGAUUCAACCCACCCGUCGCCCCAAGUGGCCGUAAUACGACGGUCGUUUCUGGAGGAAACAACGUUAUGUGCCCUCAAGCUCAUCCAGCCUGGUCGGCAGACGCAUUAAAAUUUUUAACUGCCUAUCUCACCGGUCAGAACAUCAGUAGCUACACAAACCCGACAGUGACCCAAACUCCAGCAAUGAUGAACCUCUCGUCUGUCAUGAUGCCUGAUUCACAGACUUCUGAAGAUUGCCUCUUCCUCGAUGUCAUUGUCCCCGAGAAGGUCUUCAAUGCCAAAAGAAACAAGACCACGAACGGCUAUCACGGGGUUUCAUGUCAGCCCGGGCAAAAUUGCACGGUACAUGCUGGUGCACCGGUCUUGGUGUGGAUUUAUGGAGGUGGGUAUACCGGUGGGAGCAAGACAAGCGAAGGAAAUCCAGCAAGCUUGAUCUCGCGGAGUGUUGAAAAUAACGGUGAAGGCGUUGUUUACGUCGCUAUGAAUUAUCGUCUGGGUCUUUUCGGGUGGCUAGCGGGAAACGAGAAUGUCACGGCCAAUGUUGGGCUCUUGGACCAGAAAUUAGCACUCGACUGGAUUCAGGACAACAUCUCCCUCUUUGGCGGUGAUCCAUCGCGAGUCACAGUGAUGGGAGAAUCCGCUGGAGGAGGCUCGAUCAUGCAUCACAUCACCUCGUACGCUGGCAUGGGAAGCGUACCUUUCCAACGAGCCAUUUCUCAAAGCCCGGCGUUCGAACCUGUUAUUCCCGAGCAGUCAGAAGCUCUUUUCUCACAAGUGCUCGGUAACGCGUCAGAACUUACAAACAGAACCGUCAGCACCGCAGACGAUCUUCGGGCGUUAUCUUUUGAAUCCUUGUUCACACUCAAUGCCAUGUUAGUAGGCCUCUCGAAUUAUGGAUUAUUCUCUUUUGGGCCUGUUAUCGAUCCUACUCCAGGAUCAUAUGUUCCGGAUAUUCCCAUUCGGCUGAUAGCCAAUGGUUCUUACCAUAACGUUAGUAUUAUGGUAGGGCACAACUCCAAUGAAGGUAUCUACUUUACACCGCCCUCUAUCCAAACGCAGGAGGAGUCUAUACGUACUUUUUCUAUUCUCUUCCCAGGUGCCAACGAAUCAACCAUCUCUACAAUCGUGGACGACCUUUAUCCUCCAGUAUACAACGGUACCUACGGUUACAAGAACGUUAUUGACCGCACUUCCCUUGUAAUCUCCAACUUUCUCGUAACAUGCAAUAGCUACUACCUCACCAAAACUCUCCCCUCAUCCUACGGCUACAUCUUCCAAGUGCCACCCGGCCUUCACGGUCAAGAUAUCGCGUACACUUUUUUCAACGGCGACAGCUCGACCCUCAACGACGGUGUCGUCGUCAACACCACCGUCGCAACUGCCUUCCAGCGCUACCUAACAAGUUUCGCGAUGACGGGUCUGCCUGUGGCCGAAGGCGUCCCGGAUUUCACGAUGUACGGCGACAAUAGCACGGUUUCGAGUAUAAGCUCACGUGUGUUCUCGAUUCCGGAAAUAGGCGAGCAUAUUGUGGAUCCUGGGGCGAUGGAGAAGCAGUGUCGAUUUUGGGCGGAGGCGCCGUAUUACAAUAUGCCGAUGCAUGAUGGGUGGAGUACAGACUCGCAUUAA